AUGGCAGAAUUCACUGAAGAAGACCUGGACCAGUAUCUACAAAAUCAGGUCGACCUCAGACACAGACAGGUCUCAAAAACAGUGGAGGAGGUUCAGAAGAUCAUCAAGGACCUGACGUCUGAGGUCAGCGUCAAGGACGGUCGCUUUCAAUCCAUCUCCAACUCCGGCGUCCACAGCGACAGCCUCAAAGAUCAACCUGCUUUACUCGCCAAAUGGGCCACAUUGCUCAGGGGACGGUGUGCGUUCAAUCCAGCUAUCCAGGUCCUAACACCCACCCAGUUCCUCAUUUCGGUGCCAUUGAGGGGACUGACGGGAUACAGGGAACGACGGGCCCGGCGGUGGCGCUACUAUUCGCUGAGCGGGUCACGGCGGCAAUCUCCAGUCCGUGAGCCGGAGAAGCUGCACCAAUGGCUGGAGCUGGACAGCUUCCUGAGCCCCACGCAGGAGUGGCAUGAUAGCCACGUCGCCAUCGAGGGUGACAUCGUGCCAGCCAAGGUGGUCAGUGUCUUCAAGGAGCAGGUGGAAGAGGCCGUCAAAUCCCGCAGCUUAGCCAGUAAAGUCAGCGUCCUUGACACGAUGGGCUCGGUGGUCCGUGUUGCCGUGGAGACAUCAGAGGCCCAGAUCGAAGUGGAAUUGGUGCCGACGGUGGAGCUGAUGCACUCCUGGCCCAAGAAGGCUCGCUGGCCCCGGCUGCUCAAGCGAUGGCCUCCAGCGGAUCGUGUCCGCUGCAUCAAGUCCUUUGGAUUCAAUCUGCUGGCUACGUCCAACUACCACUGGCUGCUGUCCUUCUCACGGGCAGAGCAGGUGCUGCUAGGAAGCAUCGACGAGGAUGGGGGUUGCCGAAGGAAGUGCUACCGGAUUGUCCGGCAGCUGAAGGAGGAUGUCUGGUGUCCCGGCAACAAACCUACCAUCACAGCCUACCAUCUACAGAACCUGCUUUUCUGGACCUGUGAGAAAUACCCCAAUUCCAAGCACUGGAAGAACCUGAAGGAGAGCGUCCUGAGGCUGGUCAGGAAGCUCCACAAGUGUGCUAGCCAGCGCUACCUCAAGCACUACUUUGUGGGCUCCUAUAACCUGCUCAAAUACACUAACACCAAUGAUCUGGAUGACAUGGCCAGCAAGAUCUCCACGUUCCUGGACAACCCAGCUGCCUACAUCCACUAA